CUGUACUCCUCCGCCCUCCCGACGCCAACCCACAGCAACAUGAUACCGGAGACGAGCGGUCCAGACGAGGCAGCAAAUGAGGCGUUCCCAUCAGCCCAGCCUGUCUGUCUGUCUGUCUAACGGAGCUCCAAAGCGUCUCGAACCAGCGCCGUCGGCCGCCGAGGGGGAAGAUCUAUACCGGAGACAUACGUCUCCCGCUCCACCGCUUGCAAGCUCUUGAGUAGUAUUUUUUGGCGUGUCGCAAAGUAGCUGAGUGCGCUUUUUUAGCGUAACAAAUCGCUCACAAGAAGACUGACAAAUGAGCUCGGACGCAGUGAACUUACUUGUUAGCCAUUGGCUAACUAGCCUCCAUAGCAUUUAGCCGCCUAGCCAAGCUAAUUGGCUAAUGUGUAAUUACAUGGGAACGUCCUGUCUGAAGAGCAGACGCGGGUGGACGAAGUAAUUACGCGUGCACCCGAGAAUGGUCUAUGAGUGAGGUGAUUUAAAUGGAGAAUGCGUCGUUUUGAGCGACAUUAUCCCCGUCUUUAGCUAAGUUUUUGUCGCUCCAGACAGACGUUUAGAGGCUAGCAUGCUAGCUUGUAGACAUGGCUUGUUUUCGCCAAACAAGCUAACCGCUUAGCCUACCCGUAGGGUAUAUGCAGGGCUCAAACGCCUUCAGUUUUUUUGUUUACUCGUCGAAAACUACACAGAAGCAACUCUUAUUUUUUAUUUGUUGUUUCCGCGUGCAUCAAUAUGUGUACGCCCGAAAGAGCGAUUCGACUGAUUUGAGCUGACGUAACUAUAGAAGAAGACGUUUACGUGAUAACUGCUAAAAGAAGACAACCAAAACAAGUCCAAUCAAGUGUGGAUUAGCGCCAAGUGACAGACCAAAGUCGAUGUUUUCGAUCAUGGCUGCGAGCCGAGCCACAACGAUGCAGUCCCUGGCAAAAUUCGGCUUUUGCUUGGCUCUUCUCCUCACGCCAGUGGCCGCGGCACAGGGCGAGGAGCGAGAGUGUGCCUUCACGGACCAGCAGCAGCAGUGGGAGGUGGAGCGAGUGGCUGGGGGCGAAGGCCGGGUCUCCCCAGAAAACACCACCAUCCGAUGCGCCAAGGGCAGCCACUGCUUUGGCCUGUGGGAGAAAAGUCCACCUGGUGAAGUGCGACUCGUCAAACAAGGUUGCUGGACCCACAUUGGCGACAACCAAAGUUGUCGUGACGACCGCUGCGUGGUUAACAGCCUGCAUCCACAGAACGGGACGUACCACUUCUGCUGCUGCGGCAGUGACAUGUGCAAUGUCAACUUCACAGAGGAUUUCCUGUCACCCAGCCCCACCACUGCACAGCCCAUCUACCCUAACACACUGCGCUAUGGAGAGCCAAUCAUUUUUGCCGUGGCAACCGUCUCUGUGCUGGCCGUGGUCGCAGUAGCCGCUUUCUUUGGCUACCGCAUGAUGCACGGAGACAGUAAGCAAGGUCUUCACAAUCUCAACAUGAUGGAGGCUGCUGGCUCUGAAAGCUCUCUGGACCUGGAUAAUCUCAAACUGCUGGAGCUCAUUGGCCGGGGCCGAUACGGCGCUGUCUAUUGCGGCUCCCUGGAUGAGCGGCCAGUCGCUGUCAAAGUGUUUACAGCCACCAACCGCCAGAAUUUCCUCAAUGAGUGCUCCAUCUACCGGCUGCCACUGCUGGAGCAUGAUAACAUUGCCCGCUUUGUGGCUGCAGAUGAGCGGACAGGCCUGGAGGGGCGCACCGAGUACCUGCUGGUCAUGGAUUACUACCCACAUGGCUCCCUGAGCCGCUACCUGAGUGUCCAGACUAACGACUGGGUCAGCAGUUGCCGUCUCGCUCACUCUGUGACUCGCGGCCUGGCGUACCUGCACACUGAACUCUUCAAAGGAGACAUGUACAAGCCAGCGGUCUCCCACAGGGACCUGAACAGCCGGAAUAUUCUCGUCAAGGCCGACGGGAGCUGUGUAAUCAUCGAUUUUGGCUUGUCCAUGAAGCUGACGGGAAACAGGCCCGCACGGCAUGGCGAGGAAGAAAAUGCUGCUAUAAGUGAGGUGGGCACCAUCCGCUACAUGGCACCGGAGGUGCUGGAGGGAGCAGUCAACCUGCGGGACUGUGAGUCUGCAUUGAAGCAGGUGGACAUGUACGCCCUGGGCCUGGUCUACUGGGAGACCUUCAUGAGAUGCACCGACCUUUUUCCCGGCGAAUCUGUACCAGAGUACCAGAUGGCCUUCCAGGCGGAAGCUGGCAACCACCCAACAUUUGAGGACAUGCAGGUGCUGGUGUCGAGGGAGAAACAGCGGCCCAAAUUCCCAGAGGCAUGGAAAGAGAACAGCCUGGCGGUUCGCUCUCUAAAAGAGACGAUGGAGGACUGCUGGGACCAGGAUGCCGAGGCCCGUCUUACGGCCCAGUGUGCUGAAGAACGGCUGGCGGAGCUGCUCCUCAUUUGGGAUCGCUCCAAAUCCGUCAGCCCCACGCUCAACCCCAUGUCCACCACGCUGCACAAUGAGAGAAACCGGGUGACGCCCAAGUCUGGCCCGUAUGCCGACCUUUCCUCCACCUACAUUGAAGAGCAUGAGGGUGUGGCCAAAAACACACAGGCCGACACCACGGGCUCUGCAAGCGGCCGAGCGGCGGUCGGUGCUGGGGAGAGAAACAGGAACUCCAUCAACCAGGAACGCCAGCAGCAAGCAAACGCCCGGCUGCCGAGCCCAGAGGGUAGCAGCACCAGCGGAGCUGGCUUGGGCCUGAGAGGGAGCCCCUCCACCACAACCACCACUAUUAUUUCUGAGUCUGAGGAGACAACAGGGGGAGCCACAGUCCCGGUCUGCCUUCACCUAACUCAAGAAGAUCUGGAGACCACCAAGCUUGACCCGAAAGAGGUGGACAAGAACCUGAAGGAGAGCUCAGACGAGAACCUGAUGGAGCACUCGCAAAAGCAGUUCUGCUCUCCAGACCCGCUGAGCCCAGGCAGUUCCAGCUUGCUGUACCCACUGAUCAAGAUGGCCAACGAGGCAUCAGGCACGCCAGACCCUGCGGCUUCCAUGCCUGCCACCAUCUUCCCUCUGCCCAAGCAGCAGAAUCUGCCCAAAAGGCCAUCCAGUUUGUCCCUGCGCAACAAGCCCGCCAAGAAGGAGUCCUCGUCCUCUUCACUGAGAUUCAAGUUUGGACGCUCUGGGAAGUCCAACCUACGGCAGGUGGAGGGAUCAAAGAUAAACAGCGGCGCGGUACCAGGCCCAAACAUGGCUGCAGAAACUCACCGGGGCACAACCAUAAAUAACAUACCUGCUCUACGAGACGUGCAUGCCAACGGAAGUGUAAAUGGCACCAUUACCGGUCACACCAGCAGCGCCAUUCCUUCUGUGGCCACAAGUGGGGAUACAGGUUUUGGAGGAUCCAGUAUUAUUGCGAACGGAACUGGUGUGUUACAGUCUGACGACAGUCGCCUCAGCCUCGGCAUCAUCACAGCCAGCCCUGACGAACACGAGCCGCUUCUGAGCCGAGAGCAGCCGGAUCCGAGGGACGCUUCUUCAAGCAUGGCCGUGCUGCGCUCCGCCCGACCGAACACAAACAACAACAACAGUAACACAGGCUGUGGCGAGAGCGGCGGCGAGAGCGAGGGAGCGGACGAGGACUCGAGUGCGCAGGGAGAAAGCGGGGAAACCAGCGGGCCCACGGGAGAAAGCGUAGGGCCUGGUUCCACUGCGUCAGACUUCCCGGUCAACAUGCGAGAGGAAUCCCUGCUCAGGCAGCCCAGAGCUCGCCGACCUGAGAGACCAAACUCCCUGGACCUGUCCUUCACCACGCAGGACCUGGCCUCAUUAGGGGAGUGCUUGGGGCAGCCAGACAGUGGCGACAAGAUCAAGAAACGCGUCAAGACGCCAUAUUCCCUGAAGAAAUGGCGGCCGACCACGUGGGUAAUCUCCACAGACACCAGGGGGCUCGAGGUCAACAACAACGGGUCUGGUCGGAACCAAGGCCACAAUAGGCCCAAGUCCACUUCAGCCAUCUACCUGCGUGGCGGAGAUUUGGUCAGCGAGCGCGGCGACACGCACGUGUGAGCAUCCCACCCUCUGAAGACUGAACAAACGAACUGAGCAUUUUUUUGGGGUGGGGGGGUGUGGGUGGGUGCUCACCUCUGAAUCAGCAAGAGGAAGCUACGGGGACUGGUGUGGCCUGAGAGUCUGAUCAUGUACAGCAGUCAAGAUCUCGCUGCUGUGUGUCUUUUCGACGGCGCCAUCGCUUUAAACGGAAUCCAAGCUAUGCAGCAUUGUCGCCCGCGUCAUGUCCCAUCUCCACGUAUACAUUCGUUCCUCGCAAGCGUCCAAGCCUUUUCUUUCCGCAUGCACUUUGUGAGCCGAUGAGAUCGGCGUUUUGGUCCCGCCGUGACUGCGACGCCACGCAGUCUCUAAACAAGGCGAUGAAACACAAUCGAGCACUCUUGUUUGUUUUGGUUGGAGUGCGAGGCCCUGUCGAGAAGAAGAAAAACGGUCUUAAAAGACAGAACAAAUGACUUUUUAUUUGUAUUUCCUUGAUUUUUGUAUGCAACAUCUCUUGUCUUUGACUAUCCAUGUUUUGCAUCAUUUUAAUUGUGCAAUAGGAUGUAGAUUUUAGAUGCUUUUGCUCUUGUAGCAUCCAUUGUUUUUAACCUAUAUUUUAAAUAUGUCAUCUCCUUUGCACUUAUGAUUAGUCACAAUCGUUACGCUUCACGCUACAUUGCCACCCCUGAGGAGACAACAAAUGACAAUCCUUCUCUUUUUCCUAAGGAGGGCAUGAACAAUCACGCUCCUUGGACUGGAGGAGUCUUCUUGGGACUUUCCCACCCUCAUUUCACACAAUCACACCAUCAAUGGUGUCUUUUUUUGUUUUCAUGCUCAUGAUCUUAAGGCUCUCGUCCCAGUGUCAUCUGACUUGUGCGUGUAACUUUCUGGAUGUGACUGAAAUUCCAACCCAGAGACGACAUGUCCUGUUAGUGCUCUUUGGAACUGUGCUGGGAUACGAAACAAAAAAUAAUAAAGAAAGAAAACCAACCCCCUUCCAAAGCACGCUGAAUAUUAUUUCUGCUCCUCCUGGUCACAUUGCUUGAUAUUUCAAUGGGUUGGUUGUGUUUGUGUGUUUCUUAAUUUGCUUUGCUGGAGCCCAGUGCUGUACACUUCAACGCUUGUUCUCAUUGUGUAUUCUCUGUGCCACAUCAGGACCGAUUUUAAAAUAAAUCUCAUUUAUGUUUUUGUAUUCUGUAAUUUGUAUGCAAGAAAAAGAAGAAACAUUUAUUUGCAUAACUUUUAUGGGAUUCUGUGUUGCAGUCAAUGGACAUUGAUAGCCUUUGAUUCCAUUGCUUCACGUUUGCUCAAUAAAGUUUCUGUAAAAAUUUCCAAGUUAGUAUGGAAGAAAUAAAUCUCAAUAAA